AUGAUCAAGAAAAUCAAGGAAAAGAAAAAGACAACAAAAGCUCUAAACUGUAAGGAUACAAGUACGGCUUGUCCUUACUGGGCUAAGAAAGGUUUCUGCGAAGCACGGCAGGACAUCAAACUCAAGCAUUGCAGGUUAAGCUGUAACGCCUGUGAUGAAGCAACUGAGGCUGAACCUAAAGAAAACUCUGACGAUGAAUGUGUAGAUAGCAAUGACGCCUGUGAACUCUGGGUAAAAAGCGGAUAUUGUGAAAGUCGACCAGAUGUAAUGCGCGUGGAAUGUAGAAAAAGCUGUCGCAUCUGUACUGAAGAGAAAUGUAUAGACAUAGAUCCACGCUGCCGAGCCUGGUCCAGGUGGAAAUACUGCACUGAUAAGAAAUACAAGAACGUCAUGAUGCAGGCGUGCAGGAGAAGCUGUGGAUUUUGCGUUGCUGAGACCCAUGACUGCAAGGAUCGAUUGAAAUAUCGCUGCAAAAGGCUUAAAGACGAAGGAUACUGCGAAUCAACGAAACCAAACGAAAGGACCUCCAUGAGAAAUAUGUGUGCUUUAACCUGCAACUUUUGCAGGAAAGUUGAAACCGUGGCAAGUCCAAGACCGAAGAGAAGACCCCCGUGUGUGGACACAAUCAAAGCCUGUUUUGGCUGGUCGAGGCUCGGCUACUGUUUCGCUAACAACAGAGAGGCCUUCAUGCGAGAAUAUUGCAAAAGAAGCUGUAACCUGUGUUCUAACACUAGUCCAGAUCACACGACUGAAAAAUGUUUAGAUAAUGACAUCAUGUGUGAAGAACUGAAGGGUCGCGGAUACUGUGAACAGGAGGAUAGGAAAAAGUACAUGUCGUAUCAUUGUAAGAGAACUUGUAAACUGUGUUACAGAAAAGAAGCGAUGCCAGCACCAUGCAAGGACAAGCAUCGAUCCUGUAAAGCUUGGGCGGCAAGGGGGGACUGUCACGGCAGAGCACUGUACAUGAUGAAAUACUGCAAACAGAGCUGCAACCUCUGCCAAUCAAUAGGAUUGUACGAGAGAGAGUCCACGCGUCAAAAGUCGCCAUGCAUUGACAAACACCGUUUUUGCAACAAACUUACUGAAAAAGGCUACUGUGAACUUUUUUCCAAUUACAUGUACAAGAAAUGCCCCUUGAGCUGUGAAGCUUGUUACCCAGAGGUCGGGAAAGAAUUGGCAGAGAAAUGUAAAAAUAAGGUGGAUGAUGCUAACUGUGAGCAUUGGGUUGGACUCGGCUUUUGUCAAAGCAGGGCUAAAGUCAUGCUUGACAAGUGUCAACAUGCCUGCAAUUCAUGCCCUAAAGAACCUGUUAAAACUCGACCAGCUAAUCCUAAAGGUAUAAAGUGUCAUAGCUCUUGCAAAAAGUGGCUUGAGCGAGGACAGUGCUCGACUAGAUGGCGAAGACGUUGUAUUAGGACCUGUUUAGCUUUAGGAUGCGACGAGGAACCCGUGAAACCAGAAGGAACUUGUUCUGAGCCCCAAGGAGUGGGAUGGGACAACUCUUUGCCAGACAGUGCCUUCAACGCAUCGUCGAGUCUUUACACACGUCCAUGGGACUUUGGUCCUCAUAAUGCAAGACUUUAUCUACAGGACGACCGCAUCAGAAAGAGAAUUGGUGGUUGGUGUGCGAGGUAUAGGAACCAUAACCAGUGGUUACAGGUGGAUCUUAGAGAGAUUAAGAUCGUAACAGCUGUCGCCACACAAGGUCGUGACAAAUAUUUUGAGCACGUUAAAUCCUAUGAGCUUGCAUAUAGCAAGGACGGAGUGCGAUGGAAUUAUUACAAGGAAAACGGGAGAGUUCGGGUAUUACCGGGAAACUGUGACAACUUUACCCCAGUGGUUAACAGGUUGAUCCGGCCUAUCCAGGCCAGGUUUGUCCGGUUUUAUCCCAGAACUUACAACAAUAUAUGUAUGAGGGUCGAAGUGUACGGAUGUAACAGGCAAAAAGCGUAUGAAGAGAAGAGAGGACCGCCUUUAUCUCCCGUGUUUGGAUUGUGAAGACUGGACAACAAGGAGAAGCCAGUGGAACUUUUAGUUACACGGAGCAAGCAGUGAAAAUGCGCUUGGAAAACGCUUUGGCUGUUAGAUAACAAGUUUGAAGAUGGAAAAAGCGGGAAAAUGAAGCAGCCGUUCGCAGCGUUAGCUACACUUGAAGCACUAGUUUUGAAAGUGGUCCGGGUAAAGCAUCGAAUUUGACACUUAGGUAAUGGGUCUAACAUGCUAAUGGCUUAAUGGAUUUUGUUAUUACAUCGUGUGUUGUACCUCAGAAUCGACUCAUGAAAAGUUUUGGCGAAUUAGCUGAGUCUCAAACAAUAACCGGAACGAUUAGGGAAAAGCAACCGAUCGAGAGGAUCAUAUAGCUCUUCUGAACAAGCCAUAGCAUAUAAAAAGCGUUGUAAUAUGGACCUUAGAGAAACUGAGGGGGGAGGGGACAGGGAGGAUGGAUCAGGGCGUUGGCCGGGAAUUGUCAAUUCCACGAAAGUUAUUUUGAGCUCAGAAGGACAUCCCCUAGCGUGUGCAAUGUGCGUUCUCGCUUUAGAAAGGCUAAUUAAUUUUUCCAAAGUCGUUUUCAUCAACAAAAUCAUUCUCCACGUUGUCCGUCCUAAUAACAUCAGAUCGUGGUUGGCGGCCUUCAUAAUGAGGUCUGAGAAGACAGACUUUCGUUCAAUAGACUAUCUAUAGACAUGUCAAGAGGACCUGACAUUUCCCAACGCCAGUGAUAUGAGCCUGGUUCCUUCCCCUUGUUUUCUCGUGAUUUCACUGAGUUAUUGUUCGGAUUCUAUAACUCCAACUUAUUCCUUACCUCUUCCUUACUUAACACCCUUGCUCAACUAAAGCACCUUUACCCGUUCACUGGAAGUGAUUAAAAAAAGUCCAGGUGCUUUGGAAUUCGUCGUCCACUGUAGCAGUAACGCAAGGACACAGUUGCAUGCUUCGUCUAUCUCUUCCAGUUGCUUGGAGAGAAAUUACCGCGUUCUUGGGCCAUUUUCAAGCAGCAACAGCUAGUUCUUUUAAACUUUUAGGGUAAAUAUUUAAAUAAUUUUGGAAAAUUGUGCAGAUCAUAAGUGCAUUAAAGGUUUGGGUACGUUUGCUGACAUCCAUAGCGUUCAUAUGAUCAUUGUGACUGAACUGAAAAAGUCCGAAGUUUCGCGCGAUGUGUAAUCACAAGAAGUAUUGAAAAUUACUUGAGAGCUAUGUUUUCAUAAUAUGUACACAUUCUUUCAUUUUAACAAGAGAUCUUCCUGAUAUUUUCAUCAUGUAUUUUUUUUAAACGUCCACUACUUUUUCUAUUUCAAUUUCGUGAUUUUCUAUUCAGUGCGAAGUUUUCGAUCAAGAUUAUAGUUAAAUCGGUGUUAUAGACUUUAAUCGUAGACAAGCUAAAAUACAUUGACAUUUACGAUUGUCAAUUAUUUAACGCGUACUUAUUCUCUCUCCUUCUUGCUUCUUUUAAGUAAAACUUUUUAAGUCUCAAAUGGCACACAAACCUGCACAAAAAUAAGCUUAUCAACACUUUUUUGUGUCAAGUCCGUUAAGUUGUGAUGACUAUCACGUCACGUGACUGUCGGAUCACGUGACAAGUCACGCGUGUCACGCCACAAAGUCAGAAGCAUUUUUUCCAGAGAGAAAAUUAGUUUCUAGUGGCAAAGUAAUCCACUCUAUACGUGUCUAUUUUAGAAUGAUUUUUUCCUCAGAUCAGCUCACGAUCAUGGGCUGAGUUGUUUUCAAAUCAGGGAAGAGGUUUCGUGGAGGAAUCUUUUGUCUUGAGGCCUCAGGGUAGUAAUCGCAAUGAAGAGAAUAGGGAAUAGUUUAGGUGUAAUACACUUUGUAAAUGGGAAAAAGAUGUGAAAGAAGGACAAAAUAGAUGUAUUUCAAGGCAGAGUGUUUCAAGUUACUAGCAUGAAUACGGCUUACUCAUCCUAACACGUACUAUUAUUAUGCUUUUACGUGAGAAUGUACGUACAAAGUUAGAUUUUGGUCAUUUCCGAGUAUUUACUGUUCCUCGGUUGUCAGUUCCUCUCUUUUCCACAGAUGCUUCUUGUAAAUAUGCGCUGAAUGUACUGAUUUCCAUCUACACUCUGCCUUUAGAGAGCCUCUUCAAAGGUGAGAGGAUUUUUUCCUCUUAUGUGCACUUAAGGUAGACAUUGUUUUUUUUUUUUUAUUACAGAGGCACUGCAGUUAUACAUGUGUUUCCAUUUUCUUGGUAGAUGGUCUAAUUUUGACUGACUUCAAUUACGUGCAUUAUUCACUUCUUACUAUAUUUAUGUAGUUAAUUUAUCAUCGUUAUGUUCUUAAAGAAAUCAGUAACCUUGUUCGCAGGAAAUAAAUAAAAUCAUAUUUGUC